CCGGGCGCCUCUCCUUCCCGCGAGCUUCUCCCUGGAGGAUGGGGGCCGCCCGGGAGACCGAGCAGCAGCCGCCGCCGCCGGAGCCCGAGCGGGGCGACGAGGAGGACGAGGAAGACGAAGAGGCGGCGGCGGCGGCGGGGCAGGAGGAGGCCGAGGAGGAGGCCUGGCCCGGGGGGUCUGGCGCCGCGAGCCCCUGGAACAUCAUGAUCAAGCACCGGCUGGUGCAGCGGAGGGGACGGAGGUCGCAGGUGAUGACCAGUUUCACAGACCCCGUGGUUUCCAUGGACCUGCUCCGAGCCGUCCUGCAGCCCAGCAUCAACGAAGAGAUCCAGGCUGUCUUCAGCAAAUACAUGAAGUUCUUCCAAAAGGCAGCGGGGAACGUGCGAGAGAAUGUCGGGGAGGAUGUGGACACGGAGCAGCUCAUCCAAGAGACGUGCCGGAGUUGCCUGGAACAGGCCAAGCUCCUCUUCUGCGACAGCAAGAAGUCGGCUGCCAGGCUGCCCCACGAAGUGCCAGCGAUGAAGCGUGCCAAGCCAAUGGAGGAGGAGAUGAGCCAGCAGGGAAGCCCCAUCCCCAGAAAGAGGAAAGGGCGGCCUCCAGGACAGAGCCAGGCAAACGACCGAGCGACUUCAGUCGGGAGCACGUGGAAAACCAAGUCCUGCGAACCAGUGCAGAGAGAUGGUCCCAAGUGGAAUCCCUCGCGGAUCACAGAGGCCACUACCUUCGUCCUUGGGUCAAGGGCCAACAAAGCCCUCGGGAUGGGGGGAACCAGAGGCAGGCUCUACAUCAAGCACCCCCACCUGUUCAAGUAUGCAGCUGAUCCUCAAGACAAGCACUGGCUGGCCGAACAGCAGCACAUGAGAGCCACAGGGGGCAAAAUGGCAUAUCUCCUCCUGGAAGAAGACAUCCAGGAUCUGGCUGUGAGCGAUGAUUACCGUUCUUCCAUGGAUCUGAAGAUGGACGAACUGAAGCCCUUCACUCCUCCGCCGUGGAUGACCGCCAAGAUGCGGAGGUUCAUGGAGACCCUUCGCAGUGAAGGGGAGCCGCAGCCGCUGGAGGGGACUCAGGACACAUAGGGCCUCAUGCUUCCUCCUCGAGCCGCCUGGCAGUGAUGUGCUUGCGAUGCCCACUGUGCUUCCUGAGGGCAGGCGAGAGAAGCCGCCGGGCCCAGCCUGGUCACCCGUGGGCAGUGAUGCAGCACAGGAUCCUUCCCAGGGGCUCACCUGCUUCCCGUUUCUGUACUUUAAUCUUCUUCUUGCUCUUAGGAAUAGUUUGGAAAUAAACACGUCCGCCUGA